GUUUCUCACAAGCAAAUAGUACAGUCUUAUCCGAAAAGUGAAGUGAUAACGAUCGACUCAAAAAUUACUUGAUACAAUGAAGAUGCGCAGUCAUUUCUACAACAGUAAGCUUAUUCACUCCAUUAUGUGGAUGUCGACGACUUAUCUGCUGUUCAUCCUCUCGUUAUCGACAACAACUACUGCUAAGCCAGCCGUCGAUGGCAUCGGGCUGACGCUUAACAUCAAUAAAGCGUACUCGCAUUUCAACCGUAUCGGCAAACAACAAUCUUUGUGUGCCAUAGAUUGCAUAAGGGAAGACUUUUGUCUGAUGACCUGCAGUCUUCUUUGCCAGUGCCAGGAUAUUUGUAUCGCCGUAACGUGUUCGAAUCCAGAAUACCCGACAUGCAUGACACAACCCCCGAACUCAACUUGUAAUAUUCUGCCCUGUAUUAUAACAGGUUCCUGUACUUCAGGCUAAUUUUUUCAGACCAUCAAUUCACCGCAGCUAUUUUCUUUGCAAAAUGUUAGAUAAAUUAACUUAAUCUUCGAUUGUAUAGCUGCCU